GCCCCGCAGCCGCGGGGGUUUGUGGGUACCUCGAGGCUGGCCGAGCUGCGAGGGAAGGAAGUGGUGGCGAGCUCGCCGGACUACGAGGCGGGGCAGGAACUACAACUCCCAGCAGGCAGCGGGGCCGCAGACGGCGGCCGCUGAGAUGCAGCUGGAGCGCCCCGCGCGCGCGGAGGGGAUGGAACGUUGAUAGAGUUGGCGGGUCUCGCUCCAGGCGGCAGGAGCCUCCCGCUUCGGCCCGCUGCGCUCCUAAGCGGGAAUCCGGGAGGCGGGCAAGUCUGCAAUUAGUGCACAUAUUUUAAAUCCCGGAAUCCGUGGACGCCAUGCACCGGAAACACCUCCAGGAGAUUCCUGACCAGUCGAGCAACGUGGCCACCACCAGCUUCACUUGGGGAUGGGAUUCUAGCAAGACUUCGGAGCUACUGUCAGGCAUGGGGGUCUCCGCCCUGGAGAAGGAGCGGGUGGACAGUGAGAACAUCCCCCAGGAACUGCUCUCCAACCUGGGCCACCCGCAGGGCUCCCCAAGAAAACGGCUGAAGAGUAAAGGGAAUGACAAGGACUUUGUGAUCAUCCGUAGACCCAAGCUAAAUCGAGAGAACUUCCCAGGUGUUUCCUGGGACUCGCUUCCCGACGAGCUGCUCUUAGGCAUCUUCUCCUGCCUGUGCCUCCCGGAGCUCCUGCACGUGUCCUGCGUCUGUAAGAGGUGGUACCACCUGGCGUUCGAUGAGUCCCUGUGGCAGACCCUGGACCUCACCGGCAAAAACCUGCACCCGGACGUGAUUGGCCGGCUGCUGUCCCGAGGGGUGAUGGCCUUCUGCUGCCCGCGAUCCUUCGUGGACCAACCAUUAGUUGAACAUUUCAGCCCUUUCCGCGUGCAGCACAUGGACCUGUCCAACUCGGUCUUCGAGGUGUCCACCCUGCAGGGCAUCCUGUCCCUGUGCUCCAAGCUGCAGAACCUCAGCCUGGAAGGCCUUCAGCUCUCGGAUCCCAUUGUCAAUAACCUCGCUCAGAACUCAAAUUUAGUGCGACUUAACCUUUCUGGGUGUUCCGGCUUCUCCGAAUCCGCCCUGAAGACUUUGCUGAGUAGCUGCUCCAGGCUGGAUGAGCUGAACCUCUCCUGGUGCUUUGACUUCACUGAGAAGCACGUGCAGGUGGCGGUGGCGCACGUGUCCGAGACGGUCACGCAGCUGAACCUGAGCGGCUACCGCAAGAACCUCCAGCGGUCAGAUUUCUCCACCUUAAUUGGAAGAUGCCCCAAUCUUGUCCACCUAGACUUAAGUGACAGCGUCAUGCUGAACCACGAGUGCUUCCCCGAGUUCUACCAGCUCAACUACCUCCAACACCUGUCGCUCAGUCGGUGCUACGAUAUAAUACCUGAGACUUUACUUGAACUUGGAGAAAUUCCCACACUGAAAACACUACAGGUUUUUGGAAUCGUGCCAGACGGGACCCUUCAGCUGUUAAGGGAAGCCCUGCCUCACCUCCAGAUUAACGGUUCCCACUUCACCACCAUCGCCAGGCCGACUGUGGGCCUCAAACUCCACCCGGAGAUCUGGGGCAUCCGCUGCCGACUGACACUGCAAAAGCCCAGCUGUCUGUGAAGUGUGCUUUGCAAGGUGCUGUCUCCUUUUUUUCUUUGGGUCAGGGAAACGGGCAGGGAGCCCGACCGCUAGAGUGCUCGGCUGUGUGAAUUCUCGGUUUUCCCUUUGCCUUCGUCCUGCAAGUAUAUUAGAGAAGCAUUUGAGAGAAAACUAGGAAGUGUUGCUCUUUUAAAAUGACAGGAAAAGCUGUCACUGCUCUGCUCCUAGGAGCCUAGUCGUGGGCCUUCUGCAAUUCCAGGAGCACGAGCCUGUGAUUUCAAGAUCCACUGAGAGCAAAAUUUGAGCCACCUCUCCCAAGUGCCCUUCUUAUUAAAUCAAUUUAGAGACAAGCUUAAGAAUCACCAGCAAGCAAAUACUUUUCUUGAUCUAUAUGCUAACUUAACUUUCUUCUAUUUAAAUAUUCAGUAUUGCUUUGUUAGACAUAGUUGGGAAAAAUGAUAAGCUAUUCAUAUUGUAGGAUGGUCGGUUUGAGGCAGUCAUUCUGGGGAUAGAAAAAGGAAAAUGCCCAUUUCAACUCUGCCUUUGCACUGGCAGUUAGGUUCAUGGAAACAAGUACUCCUGGGUCAUUCACCUUAUAAUCUACACUUAAAAGAAUAGCCAAGCGGAUAUAGAACGUGGAGGCUCUGGAGGCGGUUUCUGUGACAGGUCCAUCUGAAGUAUGCGCUGAUGCGCGUUGAUGAGGCACCCUUUACGUACUGUACUCCCAGAACACUGAGGUAGCUGAGGAGAUGUGAUUGUGGUCUUCUAACUUUAUUAACUUUAUGAGCAAAUGAUGUUAAGUGGGUUCUUUAGCUUUGAAAAUGCCUCGCCUUGUUUUCGGAAGGUGCUAGUAAACGUCUCUCUUCUUGAAAUGCGGGAUGGGGUGCUGAACUGAAGUUGCCUGCGCUUGCCUGUAUUGCUGAGGUUCUUGAAGUUAUUUUUAUAUUACUCUAGAAUCACGUCUUUUUAAAUUGCUUUUUUUUUUGUCUUCCACAAUCCCUGUUUUUACCUACCCACCCAUUUUAUAAGGUUACUGGACCUAACGUUCCCUAAGAACUGCAUGUUCCUCUCAAUCAGAAAUACCACAAGCAGGUGCAUGUCCCAUGGUUUCAGAGCAGUACGCACAGCUCGCACCUGCAGAAAAGCUCACUCAGGUGUGGAGCCUUUGACAGCGUCAGUGAUAUUUUUCAAUGGCACACAGAAGCAAAUGGACUCAAUACUUUAGAAAACACACUAAUUUCUUAUUUCAAUUGAUGACCUCCCCACAUGUUCAAAAUGGAACAGAAAAGCCAACACCCGUCAUUUCUAAUAACGUCGUUGGUUUUUAAAUCACAUUUUUCAAAUGUUAGAAACGAUGGUAUGAAGUGCCCUUAUCUGUCUACUCUAGACCUAAGGAAGAACAUUUUAAAGUAGUUAUACCAGAAAUGAUUAUGUUUCAAUCUUGUAGUAGCUCAAAAGUGCUAAAUACUACUUGAGAUUAUUGUUUACAGAUUAGUGACAAGGGCUGGGGACAGGAUCCGGUUGGAUUCUGACUUCCGGGUGCCCUCAAACACAUAGUACUUCCAAACUCAAGUCCAGUCAAAAGCUAUUUUCCUAACACGUCAGAGUAAUCUGUAUUUUUUUAUGUGAUUUCUACUUUUAUAAACUUGUUUUAAAUAAAACACAUUUUUAUAAAAAC